UUAAGUAACAUUUAUAUUAUACUUGCGCAAUGCUACUCUCGCGGGUCGGGGCGUUGAAGAGGUUCUCGGCCGGGCCUGCCUACAACUUGACGGCUCAGCGAUUCAAGAGCUACUACGACGACUUCAAGGAUCGUCUUAAGCCGGGAAAGUACACCCAGGGUCGUUGCCCUCAAAGUGAAGGUGAUUAUCGUCAGGAGUCAAAGACCAUCGGAAGGGAGCAUCUUAAUGAUGAUGGUACUCGCAGCAAGAGGUAUACCGUGAAGGAAGCUGAUGCCUUGGGUUAUCAUUAUCAUCCACCGAUUGACAACAAGGGUCAGGUCUACGUCAAAGGACCUAAUGCGGUUCACGAAAGGGGUCAGACUUGGAUCAAAGGCUAUGAGCUUCCCAGCAUGGAAUACACCUAUGGUCCUAAGCAGGAGGACAUUCCUUUCUACCCCAGGGUCAAAUUGAACGUCUGGGGUAACUACAACCUUGUCAUGAAGGUCGAGUUCUUGUUCUUCUAUUUGCCCACUAUUAUAGUCUUUGGUAUUUGCAUUCCUGUUUAUACCAUUAACUUUGCACAAGAGGAAAUUAUCUACACGACAAUGACUGUUAAGGUCACCGGCAGGCAGUGGUACUGGGUGUACGAAGUCGAGUCCCCAACAGAUGAGGAGGAUGAGGAUGAUGAAGAUGACGAUGAAUGAUCAUGAGGGCAGUCUUAGUGCUAUCCGUCGCUAUUGAACAUCUUGAGGCGCGAGCCCAUGAACCUAAUGACGACGCGGGAAAGAUUUUGCUAUUGUUGAUGAUACCAGCUUUUGAGCACUUCGAGCUGAUAGUAUUCGUGACGUAGACGGUUGAGGUUAUUU